GAAAACCAGGUAAACAUAUAGAUCGGUCAAAGAUUUCUCCGUCAAAUGAUUGUAUUUCUGUGGCGAUAGCAGUUCAUUCCUUCAGUCUUACAACACGACACAUUUAAAGGAAUGGCAGACGUACUCGAUGCCCAACGCAGUAAACCAGACGACACGUCAACCUCAAUCAUCACCCAUGGACCAGAAAGCAACUCAGGACAAGGUUUUGUAUCGAAAGCACAUUUGGAUCAAAAAAAAUAUCCAAUAAGUUCUGGGAUAGCAGUUGUAAUCAAUAACACAGAAUUUGAAAGACAUUUGAAUUUAGGUGAUCGUAAAGGAAGUGACGUAGAUGCUGCAUCUUUAUUCCAAAGAUUUCAGGAACUUGGUUUUGAUAGUGAUCUUUUGAAUGAUGCAACUAAAGUUGACAUGGAAGACAAAUUUAAUGAAAUUAAAAGCGACAAAAAAAGUUUAGAAAAGGCAGGCUGCCUUAUCGUAGCUUUGCUGACGCAUGGAAAUGAGGAUAGUGUAUUUAUGACAGAUGAGUCUGUUAAGAUAAAAAAUGUGAUGAAUUACUUCAAUGCAGAGAACUGUCCAGAACUUAUAAUGAAGCCAAAAAUAUUUAUCGUCCAGGCCUGUAGAGGAACAGGAUUAGGAAGUGGUGUAAACAGGACAGUGGUUAGAAGAGAUCCAAAUCAGGCAGACGCUGCUGCUGAAUAUCAUGAGUAUGACAAGAUACACGGAGAUGUUAUACGUAUUCCUAAUGAAGCAGAUUUCCUAGCCGUGUAUUCUACUUCCCCCGGUUAUGGAUCUUUCCGGAACACCCAGCAAGGGUCGCCAUUUGUCCGUUACUUGUCAGAAGAGCUACUCAAUAUGAAGAAAGAAGAUGACUUUUACAAAGUCUUGACCAGAGUUAAUAAAGACGUUGGUCUUGGAUAUAAGCCAAAUUAUGCACACAGUGACAUCAUUACCCAAAUGCCUUGUUUUAUUUCACAUCUUACCAAAGACUUAUAUUUAAAACAAAAGGAUUAAACAAAUUCAUCUACAUCAUGAAUAUAUACUAAAAGGACCAGUUACAAAGAUGUAAACGAAUUAGUUGUGUAUUUCAAUGCUAAACACCGUGAUAUUUAAAGUUCUUCUGUAUAACAUAAUAAUAAUAAAAUAAUCUGUAUUUA